AUGGAGGCCCGGCGGGUGUUGCUCCAGCGCCUGGAUGAUGGAGAAAAUAAGAUUUUGUUUUAUCAUCCAAAUGAAGUAGAAAAGAAUGAAAAGAUUAGAAAUGUUGGAUUGUGUGAAGCUAUUGUACAGUUUACAAGGACCUUUAGUCCAUCAAAACCUGCAAAAUCUUUACACACACAGAAGAACAGACAGUUCUUCAAUGAGCCGGAAGAAAAUUUCUGGAUGGUCAUGGUUGUUCGGAAUCCUAUCAUUGAAAAGCAAAGUAAAGAUGGGAAAGCAGUUGUUGAAUACCAAGAGGAGGAGCUAUUGGACAAGGUCUAUAGCUCAGUGCUACAGCAGUGCUACAGCAUGUAUAAGCUUUUCAAUGGGACAUUUCUGAAAGCUAUGGAAGAUGGAGGUGUCAAGCUUCUCAAAGAAAGAUUAGAGAAAUUCUUCCAUCGGUAUUUGCAAACACUCCACUUGCAGUCAUGUGACCUACUUGACAUUUUUGGUGGAAUCAGCUUCUUCCCAUUGGAUAAAAUGACUUACUUGAAAAUCCAGUCCUUUAUUAAUAGAAUGGAGGAAAGCCUGAAUAUAGUGAAAUACACUGCGUUUCUCUAUAAUGACCAGCUCAUCUGGAGUGGAUUAGAACAAGACGACAUGAGGAUUUUAUACAAGUAUCUCACCACCUCUCUGUUUCCCAGGCACAUUGAACCUGAGUUGGCAGGAAGGGAUUCCCCCAUAAGAGCAGAAAUGCCAGGAAAUCUUCAGCACUACGGAAGAUUUCUUACUGGACCCUUGAACCUUAAUGAUCCAGAAGCAAAAUGCAGAUUCCCCAAAAUCUUUGUAAAUACAGAUGACACUUACGAAGAGCUCCAUUUAAUUGUUUAUAAGAGGCUUCUUCCCACCUUCGCGGCUAGAUAUGAUGCCAACUGCCCCUUUACCCAGACCCUGCCAGCCCCAAAUGCUGCCAUCUUAAUGACAUGUUUUGACAGGUCUGAAAAGGAGCCCCAGUUUAAGUUCAUCUAUUUCAACCACAUGAAUUUAGCAGAGAAGAGCACAAUUCACAUGAGGAAAACACCCAGCGUGUCUCUGACGUCCGUUCAUCCUGACUUAAUGAAGAUUCUGGGUGACAUCAACAGUGAUUUCACUAGAGCGGAUGAAGAUGAAGAAAUCAUCGUGAAAGCCAUGAGUGACUACUGGGUUGUGGGGAAGAAGUCAGAUCAGCGGGAGCUCUAUGUGAUUUUGAAUCAGAAGAAUGCAAACCUGAUCGAAGUCAAUGAGGAAGUGAAGAAGCUCUGUGCCACACAGUUCAAUAACAUCUUCUUCCUGGAUUGAUGGACUGCGCCUGCUCAGAUGACAGACCUGUUUACUGCUGCCAGUUACUGGUCCUAUUAUUGACUGCAUUCAUGAUGUAGUAAAGCAAUACUUGGUUUGAAGAAUCAAUUUCUACUUGGUCUGGUGAUCCCCUGAGGUUUUUAGAUUUUCAAUAUUUAUGUGGAAUUAAAGGUAGUCAGCUCUAUCAUUCAUUCCUUUGACAUUAUGUGAAUAUUUUACUGGGAAAUAAGACUAAUAAAUUGUUAAAGUUUUUAAAA